ACAUCAUUAUUGUAAAAGAAGAAGAUCAAGGAACUAUGGAUCUUCAAGACACUCGUCGAACGGUCGAAGGCUCUCAGAGAAAGUUGAGCGAGUUUGUUGAGUUGAUAUCUUCGUUCCCUGUCGUUCGUUUGCGGGAAGUAUUAAGAUUAACCAAGUACAUUUACACCGGAUGAUAUUGAGUUCAUCGACUAUGAUGGACUGCAAAGACAGUGAUGAUAAUAUGAAGGAAGUGAUACCACCUAUUCAUCUACCAAAAAAUGUUUUGCCAGAAGACCUUGCUAAGAUGGUGUUUAACGUGCUGUAUAGGAAGGCAUUACAUGCAUCGGAUAAAUGGUCUCACUGGGUGCUCUUAGCAACACUUCAUAUCCUUGAAACAAAUACUGCCCCAGUUCUAGACAUCAAAUCUCUGUGUAAGUUACAAGGUUUAUGUAAAAGUAAUGCAAAUUACUUUGAAAGUAAGAAAUUAAAAGAUGAAGUGGUUGAAAAAAAAUCAGACUAUUUUAUAUCCAGUGAGUUGGAAUCGCAGUGUCCUGGACAGGUGUCGAAGAAUGAUGUUGAUUUAGAUAUUGCUGCUGCAUCUGAAUCUCAUUCCAAGAAAAGGAAGCACUCUGGGGAAACUGACAAAGUUAGAAAGUUGAAAAAGACGGAAGACAAACCUGGUACUAAUUGUAAAGAGACUGGCGGAAAUAAAAUUGAAUUUACCAAAGAUUAUAAUUCAGAAAUUGUCAAGAAAUUUCAUGGGACAGGUACCUUGUUUUCUUCAAAGGAAUCGCAAGUAACCCCCAAGAUGCUGAGUUUAAUGCACAAUAAAUGGACUCAGAUGUGGAAGAAAAAAUUACAUAAUAGGGGCUCCCAAACAGAGGAUGAAAUAGAUAGUAAAUCUUAUUCUUCAGUGCACACUCAAACGCAAGAGCUGUCAGAGGAUAAAACAGAUGUUGGAAACAAAACUUAUAUCCACCAAGAAGUUCAAACGGUUAUUCGUCAAUAUCAACAUUUUUCUAGCCAGUAUUCAUACAAUCCUAAACUUGUGAAAAAACCUACAGUGCCAUGGAAGUUGAUUCGUAUUUCUGGAUUGCCUGUUAAGAAAACAAAGAAGAAGAGCUGUUCAUCAGACCAGCCUAACCAAAGAAAUGAUGAAAAUGGAACAGAGUAUAAAGUAGAAACAGAAAAUGAUGGUAUGCCAGACAACAAGUCUGAUGUUGAAACAUCUGAAAGCUCUCUCGUUGAUAUCAAGUUGAGAAAAAGUCUGUUUCAUGGCAGAUUAAUGAUUACCUCUAAGAGUAAAAUAACUCCUCCAAAUAUUCCUCUAUUGCCUGUUGAUAGUUUUCUCCUCAAUGACCCAAGGGUUUUUGAAAGUGACUAAAUUAAAAUAGGUAAUAGAGGAAUAUUGUAAACUAUCCAAUACUAUAUUUCAAGACUAAGGGAAGAUUUUGAAGACACAACAAAAAUUUGUAUUGUUUUAUUUUAUUUUUUUAUACCGUAACUCAUUGCUAUUCCUGUCUUAAUAAGUUAUAAAGACAUUAAACAACAAUGUUCAUACUUUCAUAUAAUUUUAAUAGAAAUUUUGUAUACUAAAAGUGAAUAUUUUAAAAUUACACAUAAGAGUUUACAA